GUGGCAUAAGGGCCACCAUGGAGCAACCAGUUACGGAAGGUACAUCAAAGGAGAAACCACCAACCAAUGAAAGGCGAGUUGUCGUGACGGGAAUGGGGGUGGUUACACCACUUGGUCAUGAUCCCGAUGUGUUCUACGAGAACCUGCUUCAAGGUGUCAGUGGCAUAAGUGAGAUAGAAGGUUUUGAUUGUUCGGAAUUUCCAACAAGAAUUGCCGGAGAGAUCAAGUCUUUCUCGACUGACGGUUGGGUUGCACCUAAACUUUCUAAAAGAAUGGACAAGUUCAUGCUUUACAUGCUAACGGCUGGUAAGAAGGCAUUGAAGGACGGUGGAGUUACUGAAGACGUAAUGAAAGAAUUGAAUAAAACGAAAUGCGGAGUUCUGAUUGGUUCCGGUAUGGGUGGGAUGAAGGUCUUCUACGACGCAGUAGAAUCUUUGAUGAUUUCUUAUAAGAAGAUGAAUCCUUUCUGUGUACCGUUUGCCACUACAAACAUGGGCUCGGCAGUGCUUGCGAUGGACCUGGGAUGGAUGGGUCCAAAUUAUUCAAUUUCGACAGCAUGUGCGACGAGCAACUUCUGCAUUUUAAGUGCUGCUAACCAUAUUAUUAAAGGUGAAGCUGAUGUGAUGCUCUGUGGUGGAUCGGAGGCAGUAAUUAUACCAGUCGGAUUGGGAGGAUUCGUUGCAUGCCGAGCACUUUCCCAGAGAAAUAGUGAGCCUACUAGAGCUUCUCGGCCGUGGGAUAGAAAUCGCGACGGAUUUGUCAUGGGUGAAGGAGCUGGCGUUCUACUUCUGGAAGAACUUGAGCAUGCCAAG